CUUAUCGGGCCCGCUUGUAUUUUCCAAACCCGUUAGUACCGCUCGCUGCCGCGCGUCGGUGUUUUUCUUUUUCUUUCCUUCCUCUGUCUCUUCCCCGCGCCGCUCGAUCCCCUUUUCAUUUCGAACACGUAACCCAGAAGGCAACUGAGAGAGAUAUCCAUGGCGAUUUGGAGCCCCCCCUCGCCGCUCGUCGGUUUUGUUCGAUUCGAUUAAAGUAUGGGCAGAAUCAUGAAGGGUCUUGGUAAGGGCUUUUCUUCUGCUUGCUUAGAAGAGUCUGAUGAUUUUGAUGGGGAUCCUUUUGUCCCCAAUGAUUUCGCCGAGGACGAUUCUUUCCAAGCUUCAGAGGAAGGUUCAAUGGAUGAUCCUGAUUUUGACAAAGCUUUGUAUGAUUUCUAUGUGUCGCAUAAGCGCACGAGGUCUUCUGAUUUUCCCGUAGCAAAUACAUUCACUAGAUACUCUAGCAAGUUGUUCUCCACUAUUAUUGGCGGCUUGUCUCCUCAGCAAGUACGUGUUCUUCAGAGUUAUGGGGCAGAUUGCCUUCUCAAAUUUGUGAGGACAGAGGUGCCAUUUAGGUUUGUCAAAUGGCUAGCAUCCAAAUUUGAUGUUCGUGCUUCAGUGAUUCAGAUUAGGAAAAUGUUUAUUCCGAUUUGCGAAUAUGUCACCCAUGAUAUAUUAGGUCUUCCUGUUGACGGUGAGCCUAUUGUGUCCAAUGCUGAUGCUGGUUGUGAGUUUAUCUUGUCUCAUUUCAAUGUGACUAGCAUCCCACCAGUUUCAUUCUUCUGCAAUAAACUAAAAUCCACCUCUGAAGAAUUGCCCGAUGAAGACAUUUUCAUCUGCUUCAUGUGCAUUGCCUUGUCCACCUUCUUGUGUCCAAAUCCAAUAUUAGAACUCUGUAAUUCUGGAGUUUUUACUGUAAUCCAUGAUGGUUUUCAGUGUAACUAUUAGUUGAUUUUGCUCUGUAAUGCCUAGUGGAAUUACAGUGUACUUUAAUAGGCUUUACAUAGUAAAUCUUAUUGGAUUUACAGUGUAAUUUUACACAGAAUCCUAGUGGAUUUUUAGUGUACUUUUAAUUUAUUUUACAUGUUUUUUCUUAGUGGUAUUGCAGAAAUUUUGUUUAGUGGUUUUUGCUGUGUAAUUCUUAGUCGAAUUUUAGUAUUUUUCUCAGUGGAUUUUUUAAUGUUAUUUAAGUGGUA